AUGAUUGAGAAAAAUGGUACACGGGAACUGGUGGCCAGACCAACUAAGAAACCAGUUGUUGGAGUCAAGUGGGUUUACAAAACCAAGCUAAACUUGGAUGGUUUUGUCCAAAAUAAUAAGGCAAGGUUAGUUGCCAAAGGGUAUGCUCAAAAACCUAGAUUGGACUACAAUGAAACCCAUGCUUCUGUCGAUAGAUUGGACAUCAUUAUAACUCUCAUUGCCCUUGUUGUUCAGAAAGAAAGGAAGCUAUAUCAGCUUGAUGUAAAAUCAGCCUUUCUAAAUGGUGUGUUGCAAGAAGAAGUCUAUAUACACCAACCAGAGGGAUUUGUGGUAAAAGGCAAGGAAGACAAAGUGUAUAGACUGCACAAAGCUCUCUGUGUGUUAAAACAGGCACCUAGAGCUUGGUAUGGAGAGAUAGACACCUACUUCAUGCAGUGUGGCUUUGAGAAAAGUCUAAGUGAAACUACCUUGUAUACAAAGACAAGGGGAGACAGAGAUAUUCUAAUUGUCUCUACUUAUGUUGAUGUCAUUUUGUAUACAGGGAGUAGCAAGGAAUUGUUGGAAGAAUUCAAAGAGGACAUGAAGAUGAAAUAUGAGAUGAUAGACUUGGGCCUUCUACAUCAUUUUCUUGGUAUGGGAGUGGUUCAAACAAACUCUAGCAUAUUCAUUCAUUAG